GGAAAAAGGGGAGGUCGAGGGGCGUGAGGGGGCGGGAUAUCGCGAUGGCGGGGCGCAGCGCCACUGCGCCGUGACAAGCGCGGCUGCGGCCGGCGAGAAGCGGCCCCGGAGGCGCCGCGGUGGGGCCGGGCCCGGGCCCGGGCCGGGGCCGCUGCUCGGGGGCCGCUCGCUUGUGGCUUGUGCCCCUCCCCCGGGACCGCAGGUGAAGGGCUCUCUUGAGGCACGAUUAAGGUAAAACAAAGACAUUAGCUCCCAACUCUUAAAUUAUUAUUAUUUUUUUGUUGUUACGGUCUUAAAAAUCAUGUGUGGUCAUCCAUAACUUUAAAAGCAACACCGCCUCUUCAGAACAUCAAACCACAGCACCUGCUUAGAGACCCUCCAGUAAUAAUAAACCGUACAGUUCGUUUCUAGGCGUAACCGCCACAUAGGUUUUUAGCAAUGAACAGCGUUGCCAAAAGCCUUCUGCCAUGGGUUAAGCGCGGCCGAGCUGUGUGGCUGAGAAGCAGCUCUGCGCGCGCUGGAAAACAGCAUCUUCGGAAGCUGGUUCUGGGCAUAGAGACCAGCUGCGAUGACACCGGUGCUGCUGUGGUGGACGACGCUGGCAACGUUCUGGGAGAAGCGCUGCACUGUCAGAAGGAAGUCCAUUUACAAGCAGGUGGAAUAAUUCCUGUGGUGGCACAGCAACUUCACAGAGAAAACAUCGAGCGCGUGGUGAAAGAAGCGCUUAGUGUCAGUGGGGUUUCUGUACCUGAACUCGCAGCUAUCGCAACGACAGUAAAACCAGGACUUGCCCUAAGCCUUGAAGUGGGGCUGCAGCACAGCCUGAACCUGGUGAGCAGGUACCAGAAGCCCUUCAUACCCGUCCAUCACAUGGAGGCUCACGCGCUCACCGUCAGACUGACCCAUCGCCUGGACUUUCCCUUCUUAGUUCUGUUACUCUCUGGAGGCCACUGCCUCUUGGCAGUAGCACAGGGAGUCUCAGAUUUCCUUCUGCUUGGGCAGUCCAUAGACAUAGCGCCGGGUGACAUGCUGGAUAAGGUGGCAAGGAGACUCUCUUUAAGAAAGCACCCGGAGUGCCGCAGCAUGGCCGGGGGGAAGGCGAUAGAGCACUUGGCUCGAACUGGAAACCGGCAGCAGCACGUGUUCAGACUUCCCAUGCAACAAUACCGUAACUGUGACUUUUCUUUUUCUGGACUUCAGAACCUUGUCAAUAAAGUCAUUAUACAAAAAGAAAAAGAAGAAGGUAUUCAAGAAGGCGAGGUCCUAUCCUGUGUUAAGGAUAUUGCAGCUGCUGCCCAGCAUGCAGUGGCCGCUCAUAUUAUCCAGCGGACAUAUCGAGCCAUGCUGUUCUGCAUAAAAAAUAGCAUAUUAUCAUCAAAAAAUGCAACUUUGGUUGUAUCAGGAGGAGUUGCAAGCAAUCAGUAUAUCCGAAAAGGUCUACAGACUUUGGCAGAUGCAAAUGAUUUUGCUUUACUGUGUCCUCCUCCAAGACUGUGCACCGACAAUGGUGUUAUGAUUGCAUGGAAUGGCAUUGAAAGGUUACGUGCAGGACUUGGUGUUUUGCAUAGUACUGACGGCAUCCGCUAUGAACCAAAAGCUCCCCUUGGAAUUGAUAUUUCAAAAAGAGUUGAAGAAGACUCCAUCAAAGUGCCAAAACUAAAAAAGAAGAUACAAUGGUUGGCAUCUUAAAAAAUAAAAUAAAGUAAAUGUAACUAUAAAUUGUUAAAUAAAAACCGUUUCAGUGCUGUUACAUUUACUGACAGUAGUUGGUUUACAAGUGUUGAAGAUCACCUGUCAGAGAAAUCAAUGCUGUGUGCUGUCACCAAAAUGAUUCCAGUUACCGCUCCACAAAUGUCUGAGUUCUAAGUAUUAAUUAAAAAAAAAAAAAUUAAAAGUGCACUUUCUGAUAAACAAACUAAUUUGUCUAGUGAACUUAGGCAAAUGAAAACAUUUUCAGUGUUUAUACUUUGUAACUUAUAAUAAGGUGUUUACCUAUUUAUAAUGUAUACCAUAUUAUAAUUCAACAAUAUAAGGUUUUAAUUGACAGUACGUGUUGAAAAAAAAAAUGAAUACUUUCCAUGAUUGAAAAGUUACAGAAAGUGAACACAAGAGAGCACAGAUUUUCAAGAUGAUCUCAAUGUGUUAGCUGUGCCAGUACAACUGAAUUUCAACAGUGCCUAAUUUGCUGCUGCUGGGGUGAGAAGCCUAUUAUACAAAAUUAAAAUGUUGGGGCCUAGGGCUAGUGCCCUUAAUUUUCUCCUUUUUUUAUAAACAGCUCAGUAAAGCUAAUCACAGUGUAAAUGAGAUGCAAGUUCUGAGUUUUGAUGUGGAUAAUGGGUUAUUUGACCUUGCCUUUUGAUAAUAAGUAUAAUACACUUUUACAGUAUUAUUCAUUACAAUGGUAUUCACUGGAAUAAAUACUUCAAGUAUUAAGCAUCUCUUCAAUAAGAGUUUUCUAAUUUGUAAUGCGUAAGUUUAAAAUUGCUUCCAUUUAAAUACAAAUAAGUAAUUGGGAUUUGCGGGACAGUUAGACAAACAAGUUGCCUGUUUUUCUAAAAUAUUUUAAUUAAUUCUUUUUUAACUUGAAGACAAGAUGUAACACAUUUACAAGGUACACGCGUUAUUUUUUUCUCCAGUACUGAAUUUUUGGAAGGUUAAGAUCCCUCAUUGAGUGCAAACCACUGGAACAAGCCAUAGUAUUUACAUUUUGUUUCUGGAGUCUGAUUUUCAUGGGAUUUCAACUACAAGUUAAUUUUAUCUUUUGGUAAUUUAUCUGUAUCGUUAAGUAGUUUAUCUUCUUGGUAAAAUAAUACCUCAUUUAAUAAAUUUCACUACCACAUUUCAUAGGCCACAUCCAGCAGUAUGUUUAUACGUCUGGCUCACUGAUUUCAACAUACAUGAAAGACUGGAAUUUGUGAAACAAACAGCAAGCAAAACCUUUUUCCUCCCCCGCAUUACCUCUAAUCUCUCAGUUAUCCCAGGUUUUAGUGCUGGUCGUACCUUCCUUGGGAUCAACAAGCCAGUCAGUCUUAACUGCUCGAAAGUCGCUCCCUCUUUCCAAAUUUUCUGAACAACGAGGGAGAAAUCCCUAAAUAGCUGGGUUUUCUGAUACGAUAAACACUAAUAAAAUCCAGAUACAGUGACCUGAUCACUAUUAUGUUUAUCUCAUCUCAAUUAAGUGUUUAAGAGAGAACACAGCAAAAAUGAUUAUUUUUUUUAUUAAAAAAAUACUUAAAGUUCUUCCAAAACAAGUACACAUGAACGAUGCCCCAUGUAAUUAUAUGAAAGAUCUUUUGUAAUAUUUAAGUGGACAUGUCUUGUAACAAGGAAUUAGAAAUGCUUUUAUGACAAUUUCCUGGCCUAUCUCAGUAAAACAGAUUACACGGUUGAAAGUCUGUGCUCAGUGAGUCGUUAUUGAUGGCGUUUUGAUGACCUGUGAUUAUAGAGCACACAAGGUCUCGAAAGGUUUGCUUCAAUGUCGCAUUCUGUGCGUUAUUUUUUUUUUUAAUUUGUGCCUGAAAAUUGAAAGCACAAAAGGAAGCGCUGAAAUGGCAGCUUAUACCCUUUUGAAAGCAGCUGCUAACCCUUCUGAAAACCUACUUAGAAAUAUGAUGAUCUUUGGUUUAAAAAAAAAAAUCAACAAAAUAAAAUUCAGGACUCUAGUACACUUAAAGACAAGCAAAUACAAAAUACCAGCUAGGAAUAACGAGGCAGAUUUGUAGAACGGUAAUGGAAUCAAAUCUAUUAUGAAUCAACAAUGUAGUUAAGGCAUGUGUUUGGCCUUUGUUAUAGGAAUAACACAUAGGAGACAGGAAAUACAGGUUUGGGAAUUUUUGCUGUAGUGAGCCGCUGACUGCAACGACAAAGGUGAUGCACCAAAGAACUCUCAGUCUACUAAGAUGUGUUAUGAAACCAGUGUUCACUUGUUCUUCAUUGCAGGAAGGAUUAAAGUAUUUAGCUUCAUUUGCAGGAAAGGAUUAAAAAAAAAAAAAAGAAAAGCUUUCUGUUUUAAGGAAGCUUCCUUCUUCGUUAAGGAAGUAAUGGAGCAUGUUUCCUAUUGAAAUGGAUUCCUCAGUCACUGCAUGUUAUGUAUUAAAAUAACUUCGAAUGCUCUGCAAGUAUUUUAUUCUUCACUUAGAAAAAGGCUGUAAACUAGAUGACCUCUGGAGAUCCCUUGCAGCCCUACACUGCUAUAACAUACGAGGUACAUAUACCUUGCCCUCAUUGCUUGUUAACCUCCUGGAUAUUAUUAAAACCCCCAAAAUGUAAUCAUUUUAUAUCACUUCAGGAGUCAUUGUGCUUUUCAAGUAUAUUCAGUAACCGUAACAGUCAAACAAUUGGUAAGAUUUUAAAUCUAAAAAUAAUUUAAUCUUGAAAUUCUCUCUUCGUAAGCUAUGUUUGAAUAAGUUUGAGAGUAUUUAGUACAAUUGAAAACAUUUACUUGGAAUUUAAUAUAUCUAUACCAAGAUAAGUAGUUUUCUUACAUGAAAUAAUACAAUCACAAUAAUACAAUGCCUCCUAUAGGACAUUUUACAGUGCUCAAGUAAGGGAAGAAAAAACCCUCCAACCACAAUCUCUGCUUGUUUACAAUGUAAACCUUAGUUUUAUAGUGCUUUUGUAAGGAUAUUUUCACACGCUUGAAUUUAAAGCAUGGAAAAAACCAGGUUCUUAUUUUGAUGAACGAUGAUGCUUUUCAUUUGUUUCUGCAGAACUUUUGUUUCCUUAUUUCCAGAAAAAGUAACUGCAUUAUGCAAAAUAGUCACACAAUAUUUGGCCACCAACCCUGGAUGUUGCCAGCAACUGUACUAUAGGUACAGAAUUUUAACUAGUGUUUGAUAGUAUCAUUUAAUCUGUUAAAAAAAUAAAUCAAACUGGAAUGAAAAUAUAUUUUAUUAAGCUACAAAAACGUUUAUUCCUCUCAAACCUUCACAGUAUACUCAGCAGUUUCAGUUAAGUAAAUGCCAAUCUCACAUCAGAAAGGACUUGUAUUAUUUUAAAGACUACACUAUAGUAUCUGUAUUACUGUGCACGUUCCUUACCUCUUACCAUCAAAUUCCAUCACUGGAAUGGGGUAGCGUUCUCUACCUGGCAUAUUCAUGUCAAACAACUGAGCCUUAGAGCCCGACGCGCGACAGGCGGCCUGUGAGAAAACAGUUACUGAACCAGCUGUAAGGAUUGUUUACAUCAAUACCUAACUGCCCACUUCCUUAAAAUGACCAACAGAACUGCAGCUUCACCAGCCUUACCAAUGAUCAGCAACCAGGAAGCUGAAGUACAAUUUUGAUUUCAUUUCACGUUUAAAAGUGCUUUGUCUCAUGUGCACGUCACAGCAAAUUAAACCCGUAUCUAACGAGAAGCAUCCCUCAGGGACUACUUUAUACCUUGUCAGGUGAAUCCGUUUUGUUCAUUCCUCAGACUACUAUUGUGCCAUCCAGAAAAGCCACCUAAAGGCUGGGCUGCUUGUAGGGCAAUGCUGCCCUUAAGAUUAAGGUAUCUUGUGCCACCUUGUACGGUUCAGUAUUAGCAGCAAAUAUUCUUCCAG